AUGAUUCUGGAAGAAUUAGUAGGUAGUGUUUUAUCGCUUUGCUCAAGUUUGGUAACACAAACACCACCAAUAUCCCGAGAAGAAAGACAGCUUACAUUGAUAUUUGACGAAACUUAUGAACAAGACGAAGUAGACGAUGGCUUAAUACACCGGGAGUAUGAGCAACAGCCAGAACAAGAGCUGCCUUAUUAUGAAGACGAUAUAUCUGUUUUGGUACAACCAGAUGGACAACCUAGCCGAGAUUUUGCCCAAUCGUUCCUCCGAAGUUUUCAAGCUAAUGUUGGAUUAGUAAUGGCGGUUGUUUUCAUAUUAGGUUUGCUUACACUUGGUGUUGUCUAUGUGGAUUUGAACACAACUGAUGCGUGCAUCGAAUGGAUGCAUAACAACUACAGUAUUCCAAGAGUUGUGAAGAUUUUGCAAAUUGUUGGAAUGUCUUUCGAAUUACUUCCAUUGUUUACAUGGUUUCCGGCAUGCAUUGUAAUGUUGUGGGGUUUCAAAGAGUUCAAGAAGAAUUAUCUAUCGUGUUUACUUGUCUGUCAGUUGGUGGUAGGAUCCAUAACCUGUGUUUAUAGAAUUAUCACGAUUGACGAGGUACCACCCACCACAGUUAAUUAUAGCAAAUACAGGUUGGUAAACCCAUACCUAACUUUAAGAAUUUUGUAUCACUGCACAUUUUUGUGCAAAGUUUAGCCGAGCCGAGCAGAAGCACGCCCUGAAAAUUUCUGAACAUGUAGUAGAUUGACUAAUAAGUUAAUUAGUAAUAGGUGUUUAUUUUGACAUGUUUAGGAAGUGACAUAUUAUAUACUAAAUUGGUUAUUGUUUUAACGAGACGACGUUCGUUGAUAUUUUUUAAAAGAGGGUUCCUUAUAGCGAAGCGAAUUCGCUAUUGUAAAUUACAGAUUAAAUAAAACGAAACUGUGUACGACUCAUUUAAUUUUGUGUAGUUGCCAAACACUUUGCUCAAUGAGGCACUCUGCUACAUUUUGGCACCUCCCGACGCGAUUCGACUUGCAAAGAGCUACAACGUAAACAAUAUUAUAUUUUUGUAACAUGGAAUUUACGGCGGCGGAAAAAAUUGAGAUUGAAAAGAGUAGAAUUCUUACAAUUAUAAAGGGAAAGGAAUCACUUGAAAGUCUUACGGUGGCUCAGUUGGCUGAAGAAUAUUCAACGCGAUACAAGUGUGCUAUAGCGUGUUAUAAAGCGGAAUUUGUGUCUGUCGAAGCGUUUUUAAUAUUAUAUUAAAUAUUAUCGAUGAAAAAGUGUGUUUGUCUACAAGCUCUACGAACAUUGCGUCUUCGAGUGAGAAAGCGACCGGUGAGACAUCUUCGUCUGUACAUUUAGUAUCGAAGCCUCAGUUCUCCCCAUUUUUUGGAUUUAGUGACGGUGAUAAAACAAAGGAGUCGCAUAUAAUGUUUGGCGAUUUAAGUCGCAUAUAAUGUUUGGCGAUCUGUAAUAAAAGGCGCAUUCUAUGAGUAUCCAGACGAAGUUAUUUUGGAGCAAAUACGACGUUCGUUGCAAGAAGAGGCGAAAGCAAAAAUUGUUGGGUUUGGUUCUGAAACAUCCUGUGAAUCUAUCUUGGGAAAAUUAGAUCAGUUUUAUAGCGAUGUCGGCGCGGCUACUGGAGAUGAAUUAUUGGCCGAAGCUAUCAAAUGA